AUGAUUACUGUGACACUAAACACGAGGCCCAUAUUACCACAGCAACAACAACAGCAAAGAAAAAUCAGCGCAGGUACGCUACUAGUUAGUUGGGUCUUCCCGCCAUGCUACUUCACGAACGUUUUUUGCUACAUAGGAGACUAGUGCGUCGUAAAAACUGGUUGUUGUCUUGAAUUCCUGCUUCCUUUAGUUACUUGGAGAAAAGACGGGUUGUGUUGUGAGGAACAGGUGGGGGAGGGGAGGGGUACGGAAUUAAAAGAAUAUUUUCUCCUAUUUUACCAGCUGAGUCAGUAAGGUGAAUUUGCUAGCUUUUAGAAGCUGAAGUUUUUGUUUUUGUUUGUUAGCAACCGGAUCUUCACCAACUGCCAUAGCCGCUCUUACAUCAACUGUAAAUCGCACUACAACAAACCUCCAGCCUCUGGUACCAAUCGGAACACAGUUACAACAGCAUCAGUUCCAAGUUCGAAUGGUUCAGUUCCCACAACAAAGUGGCCCCGCCCAGAUUCAACAGACCAUUGUACAAUCACCAAGAGGUGCUACUACACCGGUUCAGAUUCAUACUCAACAGGCUCAAGUCGUUCAAGGCCUACAACAGGUAUGUCAACGGACAAUGGGACUGUCAAUGUCGAACGGUCGAUACCUUCAUUUUUCGGUGGGAUGAAUCAAAUAAGAGAACUCAUCUUGUGAAAUACUUACAGACUUAACCGCUCAGUCGUAUACCCUUAUUUCCCAACGCCCCGUGACUUCUCGAACCCUCGCUUUGUUGAACAGAAUCUUUCAAUAUAUCAAUCGAACCUAAAGUAACUUCACUUUUCCAGUCAAACACUUAUUUUGUCCCCCUCCUCAACCUCGUUUUUCUAAUCUCCCGAGAAUUUGGACCAAUUUUCUUUUCCCUGUGAGGUUCAAAAUGAACGGGAUUCCAUGAAAUCUGAUGAACUUUCAGACUUAAAAUAUUAGGUAUCAGGGAUGUGCAUUUCUGCAGGGGUUUGUAAAAAUCAGACUGAAUUACACUAAAAGGGAUAAAUUUACGGAUGNGUUCCCACAACAAAGUGGCCCCGCCCAGAUUCAACAGACCAUUGUACAAUCACCAAGAGGUGCUACUACACCGGUUCAGAUUCAUACUCAACAGGCUCAAGUCGUUCAAGGCCUACAACAGGUAUGUCAACGGACAAUGGGACUGUCAAUGUCGAACGGUCGAUACCUUCAUUUUUCGGUGGGAUGAAUCAAAUAAGAGAACUCAUCUUGUGAAAUACUUACAGACUUAACCGCUCAGUCGUAUACCCUUAUUUCCCAACGCCCCGUGACUUCUCGAACCCUCGCUUUGUUGAACAGAAUCUUUCAAUAUAUCAAUCGAACCUAAAGUAACUUCACUUUUCCAGUCAAACACUUAUUUUGUCCCCCUCCUCAACCUCGUUUUUCUAAUCUCCCGAGAAUUUGGACCAAUUUUCUUUUCCCUGUGAGGUUCAAAAUGAACGGGAUUCCAUGAAAUCUGAUGAACUUUCAGACUUAAAAUAUUAGGUAUCAGGGAUGUGCAUUUCUGCAGGGGUUUGUAAAAAUCAGACUGAAUUACACUAAAAGGGAUAAAUUUACGGAUGUGAACUCUUUUUUCCCGGCACUCUUACAGAUUCAAGGCAAACCCUUAGGUACUGUUAAAGUAACUCCACAAACACAAGCAGCCCAAACAACAGCAAGAGCACAGGGAUGGUCACCGGCACAGAGAAGAAAAUCACAAAAUAAAUAAAGGCUGAAUACUCAAUACUAUAUUGAAAGUUUAAGUAAACCGAGAUAUUAAGGUCGUCAUGUAAAGCUGUCGGACAAAUGAUUGUCCUCUGCGGUUAUUUAUUCAAAUACAAGUUCGUCUGAUUGUCCUCCAUUGAACAUGUUAUUGGGGGCCAGUCCCAUUUUCUGUUCUAAUUGGUCUUAACAACCGCAGCGAAAGGGGAUGUGUAACGAGGAUUUUGCCAUUGAAGCCGCGACUACAUGUUGCCUCAACUGAGAUCAACAAUAAGAUGAUUCGAAGCCAGCCGCAAUUCUAAAAGUUUGAAUCCGUUUCUUUCAUGGACAUUUAUAAACUCAUUUAAUAUCUUCAUCUACAUCUACAUUUAAUAGUAAGCAGAAACUAUGUACAGUUAUCACGCUAACAUAUCAAUAUGCAAUAUCAUUCGUAUAUUGCAUGAACAAGGUUAUCGUAAAUUGCUCUAGACAUUUGAGCCUUUCUGUUCUUACACUGUUAUGUAAAAUAGUGAAAUAAUCUGUAAAUUGGUAAUAUUAAAAUAUUUUAGCCGCGUCAGAUAUGAUAUAAGUUAACAGCUUUUAUUUACAAACUAGAACUACCAUGAGAAAAAUAUAUCCGUAGAAAUAGAAAUGUACAUACGGAAAAGUUCACUAAAGCACGUCGUAGACUCGUAUACCGUAAUUACUCGAAUAAACGCCACCCUCGGAGGCUUAUAAGGAAAACUCGGCACUACUUUGUAAUGUACAUCAACCAGGCAAUAACGAUUCUCUCCCGAAAAAAAAAACGCGAGACAUUGAAACAUUAAACAUGAUUAAAAAUCUGUCUGUUUUACUUGAUAUUUAAAAAUGAUUUGUCGUAAUUGAUGUCAAUGAUUUAAGAAAACGUGAUUUUGAAAUAAACGCCGCCUUCGACUAAACGCUUCGCUAGAAUAGCAAAAAAUUCAAUAAACGCCGAGGCGUUUAAUAGAAUAAAUGUGGUAAGCGUUUAUUUUAUUCACAAUCUCGCCGGCUGGUUUUUUUUUAAUAACUGAGAGAUGUGUACAAGUCUAGAGUCAUCUAUUGAUACUAGAAAGAUGUGUUAGCUCUGAAAGAUAAUUUGCAUAGGUUAAAUCUUUUUUUCAUAGUUGCGGUGGCCUGUAUGGUGGUUCCGCGUACGUGGUGCUAAAGUGGAAAAGGACCGUGUAUGACUUCCAUGACUUCUCACUUCUAUGUCAGCUGCCAAAAUUUUAAGUGACGUGAACUGUUUACAAAUGAUUUUCGACUUGAAAAACAGCGUUUUAGAGCGGACAAAUGCAUCUUCUUAGCUAGACUUAACGAGAUGCUUUUCCACUGUACAACUCUGUCGAAUCGAAUCAACUUUCCACUCGUACAAGUUGUAAAACGUAAUUUUUCCACUCCUGUUAUGUCGAAAAACUGAGCACAUUCCGCAGCGCAGAACAUUCUAUGAAGUAUUCUUUCAGGGGCACCCAACGUCCGUUUUUCGGAAAAUAUCUGUUCGGAAGACGAUUUGAGACCUAGAAUUUUCGGAACAUUUGUUGUAAAAUUUCUUGCUUGCCUGCCUCUCCUAGGAUUUUCGAACAUCUAAAAAAUGGUAUAAUUGUCCAUUUUUAACGGAUUUUUACCCUAAAAAGGUGGUCACCUAGAAUUUUCAGGAACCUUUUUUCUGGCUGAAAUUUUCGAAAAGUUUAGUUUUGAUCCCUAUAUUUUUCGGAUCACUAGACUCCGAACAGAUAACAGAUUUAUCUACCGUAUAAAUACUAAAACACGUUUAACAAUGCUAUGUUUAAGUGGUUUUGAACUAUAUUCUCGUUGGGUGCCCCUAUUCUAUAUUUGCGAAAUAGCUUUUUAGUGAGUACAUCUCAGUGUUUUCCGUUCCGGUUUGGGCUGGCUUCUCUUUGACAGGUUUUUCACGUACUAUUUUAGAAUAUAUAUUUUAUUGGCCACCCAGUCCGAAGUUAAAAUAAGGCCAUCCGGUGUUGUAGUUAUUCUUGUGAGACUUUUAAACUUAUAAUCAGUUUUCCCAGUAAAACAACCCUCCAAUGUAAACUGAUCAACACGACCAUUGUCUCUGUCACAUACAAGAAGAUUAUGGUGAUCGCCACAUUUCUGGAGACAAAGUCCCCUUGGACCCUUCAAGUACAACCGUUCAUCACCCUGACGUGGUUCUCUUGUCUUAUACCAAAACUUUCCAGUACUAUCAUAAAAUUUCACAGAAUUAUCAUCCCAGUCAGAAACAAUGAACUUGUUCUCAUGGUAAAUACAUCCAAAGGGGCCAAGUUUUUCUGGUCCACUGUCUCCAAAUUUAAACAGAGGUUCACCAUCCUGUGAUAAAACUUGGACUCUAUGGUUACGGCAGUCGGCCACGAUAACGCGUCCUUCAUCAUCCACACAAACACUGACAGGAUUCUGAAACUCUCCGUCUCUUGUCCCUCUCUUCCCAAAGCUCUUCACAAAGUCUCCAGUUUGAACAUUAAAUUGUUGAAUGCGACGAUUUAAUUCAUCCGCCACAAGAAUGUUAUCAUCAUUUAGGUAGGUAACGUCGCUUGGACUUUUUAGCUGUCCUUCCUUGUUUCCAUAGUAACUAACUUUUCUUAGACAGUUUCCUUCCAUGUCAGUUAUGAGAACACAGUGUUUUUCGCUGUCAACAACAGCAAUUUGCCCUUUGCUGUUUACAGCCAACCCUAGCGGUUUUUCAAACGUUUCGUUUUUUAAUUCAAACUCCCCCAAAACCUGAAUGAGCCGUUGUUUCACCUGGUCAGUGUUGGUUGAAAGAACCGUCUCAUUUAUUUUGACUGUGAUGUUGAAAGUACCAGGAACUUUAGCUACAAACUUCACCAGUGUAGUCUCUUCAUUCUCGUACGUUCUCAAACUUCCUACCUUCUCAGCGGGUUCCACGAGCACCUCACACUGGAAUUUGACUUUAACUCCUUCCGCUUUUUCUUUAGGGAUUCUAGGGUUAACUUCAAACUCUGAUUCUACACCAGCUUGGAUAUCUUGAUUCAGUCCCUUGAUGAUCGGUUCACUUGUUGCUACAAAACCGACGCUUAAUUUUUCUAGUUCCAAAUUCGGGAAGAACUUCGCAAAGGAGUUGGCCGGAAGUUCUGGGAUGGGAGCGUUUUCAAGUUCGUUGUAACGCUGCUGUAGUUUUGCUUUGCUCUGCAUUAUGUCCGAACUGGAGCUUUUUUGCACGAGUUGUUCAGCAAACUCGACUGCUUGGUUGACCUGCUUUAGCAAGGACUGUACUUGUGUCUUUGCCGAGUUUAACAAUUCCGAUCGAGUCUCGUGCGUGUUCUCGAGAUGGGUGAUAAUCUCGCGUUCACUUUCACGAAUCUUGGCAAUGAUUUGUUCCUCUGUCUGGGAAACUUCAUGUUUAACAUUAGUAAUAUUUGCAUGCAGCUCAAGCUCUGUUUGUUCAAGCUUGAAAAUCGCAUCGCUGUAAAGUUUGGUCUUUUCUUUUAACCUUUUGGCUCUCUCUAGGAUGUUGACUUUCUCGCCGUCCGCCACUUUAUCCAGUAGUUCCACAUCAUGGCCCUCGUGUGACUUGUGAUCCGUAGCGAUGCAAAUUUGGCAAACACACAGUUUGCAUUUGAGGCAGAAAAAUCUUACAAUCUCUCGCUCGUGAUAUUGCUGCCAACAAAAUGACUGCCUCUUCAUCAGGGCUUCGUAGUCUUGAGGUUGGAACUGUUUGACUGGCGUCACCUUGUGUCCUUCAGUGAGGUUUGUAAACAGUUGAUGUGCGUUUACACAGUCACUGCACAUGAAUUUAGCGCAUUCGAAGCAGUAACUUAUCUCUGCGCUCUUUUUCUUGCAAAUGCCACAACUGAUUUCGUUGCCAUCGCCACUCUGUCGAACAGCGAGAAGACUGAGCAACCUGUUAUGAUGGAAACUAGACGGUAGUUUGGCGAAACAGUUUGCUUCGGGAAGAUCGACUUCAGCUUGACACUCGGGGCAGCGAAACUUUCCAUUCCUUUGGCUGAUCAGUGCGUGUUUCUUCAAACAGUCACAGCAGAAUGUAUGCAGGCAGGUUAUUGUCUUGGGAUCGGUAAAACUAUCUAGACAGAUUGCACAAGUAACCUGUUCUUUGAGGUUUAUCAACAGAGAUUCCAUUGUGAGAGAUUGCUCAACAGCGGAACGCCCUUUCUUGUUGUUUGAGAUUCCGGGAAACUUGAACCAUUUAUAGCGUCAUAAAACAUUUUGCUUAAUACCCACAGGUAGCCAACUAGAUUUGAAAUAAUCUACCCUCUGACCUUAGAAGCGGAAGUUAAGGAGGGUUUUUCCCCGCAUUGUUUAGCUGGGAAUAUUGACACAAGUUAAGACAAAAGACAAAUAUAAAAUCUUGCUAUAAAGUGCGCGUUUUUAAUGGACUUGUUUUUUUGUAUAUAAUCUAUAUUACUUUGAGGGUGGACAGACUUUGAGCAUUCCGGUAAAGAAGAAUUAAACGCCAACCUGUGACAAAAAUGUGAGGUUCAAUCUAAUUGUCUGUUACUUAUCAUUUCAAACACGAAGGAGUAAGUAGAACCUCCGUGCAUUUUCCUAAUAACGUUUGUUAGUAAUCUUUCUCAUUCUUUGCUUGUGUUUGUGUGUUUUUUUGCAUGUAGUAACAUGUAGUCAGCGGCUAUUCUACUGCUGUGUGGUGAGCUCAGUUUUGGAAGUAAACUUGGAUCGCCCAGCAGUGAAGACGAGAAAUCGAGCGAGAGGAAUGGGUUGGAGUCGUGCAAACACAAACCUAGUUUAGUACUUUAAUGUUUCUAGCAUAAAUCUGAAACAAUCUGUUUUUUCAACCCCGGAGAGGAAGUUUAUAAAGUAAGGUUUUAUUUUCAGAAUCAAAUUUAGGAGAACGAAAGACGAAUGGUUAGAGAUUUGGAGAGGGUCACGCUUUGUACGUCUUAUUCGGAAAUGAGAGAGGGGAGGGCAAAGAAUCAUAGUUUUGUUUCAAAAACAAACAAACAAACAAACAAAUCAAACAUCCCCAUCAUAAAUAAAAAUGUGGCUUCCCUAACCAGGUAACUCUUAAACACCGGCGACACAUUUUGAGGACGAAUCUUGGAAGUACACUGAUAAGAGAAGGCAAUUUUAAAUUAAAAGAAAAGUAAAACUGUAGAAUAGUUAGCACGAAAUGUUUCACGUUUUUCCUCAUUCAGUUUAAUUUUUUGUUUAAAAUACAUUCUCCACAGGUAUAAUUAUCUAUCAAUGUCAUCACAAGCUGUCUGGAUCAGAUCUCUGACUUCUUUGCCUCUUCUCAUCGACUUUUAAAAACAUUCUCGUAACUUGUCAUCUGUCAAAGGAGAUCCACCUUUAAGAAGAAAAAAGGAGAGCAGUAACUAAGCAAUAAGAAAAUUUCACGACCUCAGCUUCCUCCUGCAGAGUUUAUCAAAUACUGUUCACACCGCUUUCGCACAAAAAAAGGUUGACACUGUUUGAAUUAUACGGUAAAUGAACUGAAAUACGAGACUAUUUCAGGAAUGCUAUCGACUCUUUUUUUUUUGGAAGUUUCACAGGCAACUUGGUCAAAAUUUGUUUCCCAAAACAGUCCGAAGCCUGAUAUUUCGUUCAGUCUGGGAAACUGCCCACCUACCCCUCCCCCAAGCCAACAUUUUGCCCUAAGUCAGAAGUAAGUGUUAAUGUUGGCUUAACGGAGGGGUAGGUGGGUAGUUUCUCAGAACCAUACAAUGAUCCAACAGUCCCUAAUAGCAAUUUAUCGAACCCACCGUCUGACUCCAUGCAAAAAUGAAUGACUACUCUUUAGUGAGUGGGAGGAUGGAUGCUUUAACUAAGCCCCAACUUAUGUUUGUUUGUGUGUGCAGGGUACCUCAACCGUACAAACUCAACAAGCACAGAUAGUGCAUCAAGCAAGAUCACCGUCUACAACUUUCACGGUAAAUGACUUAGGUAUCACUUGCGAAAUUAGGACGUCGUAAGCUAAAGGACUUGGGGGACAAAUAGGGUUGACUAUUGAGCUCACUUUGACUAUUACAAUAGUAUCAUGAUAGCUUAAAUACUAUCCCAAUAGUAUUGCUAUAUUAGGACUACUAUUAUUUCGAUACUAUCGCGAUACUGACGUCUGCGAAGAAUCAGAAACUAUUAAUCAUGGAGAAAUUCUACUAUUCCCAGUGCUCGCUCGGUUACACUGGCCUUAAUUCUGGCUAAUUACUAGCGAGAGCUUUAUUUUAGGUAUGUGUUUUAGUUUCUUACCUGGAAGUGGCCUUCUGUGUAUGAUUAAACACAAGAUAGGGCGGGAAGGAUUGGAUUCAUGCGCCGUCGAAGCCCCUCAUGGGGCAACCUCGUCCCCAGGGCGCUUUUCCCUGGCUUUGGGGGCGGGGCGGGAAACCCCAAAGCCAGGGAAAAGCGCCCUGGGGACGAGGUUGCUCAUGGGGGAGCGGGCUGGAGUUGAUCUAACCCCCCUUUUUUAGUGACUCUUGUUUGCCCCUCCCCCCAUUUUUUCUGUUAUCUUGGUCUAGUUCUAUUGUCUUCUCGCCUGCGGACUCACAUGUCUCGUAACUCAUCUCUCGAGUCCCUAGGCCUUUGUUAAGCGAGCGUCCACGGAAAAUGUAUUCGUUACUAGUCCACAGUUGAGGAAACGAUGUGCCUCUUUUAGCGAGAAAGGAGGGCUGGAAGAUGUUGAUUGAAAACUAUCGCACGAUGCAUCGUUAGUUCAUUGAUUGUUGCACCGUAGAAUUUUUCCACAGUCUCAAAUAAAGUAAUGUGAGAAUGCAUUGAACUUGCCUGACGGAUGCUGUCCUUUUUAACAGAUUCCAGGUAACUUGGUGCCAAUAACCCACAUACAAUCAGCUGGUGGUGCUACGAACAACAAAGUGGCCCCGCCCAGAUUCAACAGACCAUUGUACAAUCACCAAGAGGUGCUACUACACCGGUUCAGAUUCACACUCAACAGGCUCAAGUCGUUCAAGGCCUACAACAGGUAUGUCAACGGACAAUGGGAUUGCUAAUGUCGAACGGUCGAUACCUUCAUUUUUCGGUGAGAUGAAUCAAAUAAGAGAACUCAUCUUGUGAAGUACUUUCAGCCGCUCAGUCGUAUACAGUAGAACCCUUACUUCUCAACCCCCCGUGACUUCUCGAACCAUCGCUUUCUUGAACAGAACCUUUCAAUAUAUUGAAUCUAAACUGACUUCACUUUUCCAGUUAAACACUUUUUUCCCUCUCCUCAACUCCGUUUUUCUAAUCUUCCGAUAAUUUGGACGAAUUUCCUUUUCUCUAUAUACGAGGUUCAAAAUGAACGGGAUUCCAUGAAAUCUGAUUUAACCUUCAGACUUAAAGUAUUAGAUCAAGGAAGGUUAGCUUCACACCACCAAAACCUACCCAACCCAGCGAACUUUACUAGCUUUGGUAUGGAAAUACUAGUCUGUUCUCCAGACCGUAGCGAAUAAAUCCGUCGCGCUCGGCUAUCUCCAAAGAGAAAGUAGACGGCCGGUGACUAGACUUUUAAUAAAUUGUUAUAAUGACGUGCCAAAAAAAAAACUUUUUGUAACCUUCGACAACCCUUCUUUUGGUAUGCAUCGAGUAGUUGUCGUCUAAAAUACGAAGUUGGAAAGUUUUCCUUUUCUGCCAAAUUUCGGCAGGGGUUUGUAAAAAUCAGACGGAAUUACGUUAAAGGGGAUAAUUUUACUGAUAUGUAAUCUUUUUUCCGGCACUCUUACAGAUUCAAGGCAAACCCUUAGGUACUGUUAAAGUAACUCAACAAACACAAGGAGCCCAAACAACAGCAAGAGCACAGGGAAGGUCACCUGCACAGAGAAGAAAAUCACAAAAUAAAUAAAGACUGAAUACUCAAUAAUAUAUUGAAAGUUUAAGUAAAACCCAGAUAUUAAGAUCGUCAUGUAAAGCUGCCGGACAAGUGAUUGUCCUCUGCGGUUAUUUAUUCAAAUACAAGUUCGUUUGAUUGUCCUCCAUUGAACAUGUUAUUGGGGGCCAGUCCCAUUUUCUGUUCUAAUUGGUCUUUACAACCGCAGCGAAAGUGAAUGUGUAACGAGGCUUUUGCCAUUGAAGCCGCAACUACAUGUUGCCUCAACUGAGAUUAAGACGAUUCGAAGCCUGCCGCAAUUCUAAAAGUUUCAAUACGUCUCUUUCAUGGACAUUUAUAAACUCAUUUAAUAUCUUCAUCUACAUCUACAUUUAAUAGUCAGCAGAAACUAUGUACUAGGGUUAUUGUGAAUUGCUCUAGACAUUUGAGCCUUUCUGUUCAUACACUGUUAUCUAAAAUGGUGAAAUAAUCUAUAAAAUAUGAAAUAUUAAAAUAUUUUAGCCGCGUCAGAUAUGGCAUAUUAUUGUUUUUGUUUGUUAGCAACCGGAUCUUCACCAACUGCCAUAGCCGCUCUAACAUCAACUGUGAAUCGCACUACAACAAACCUGCAGCCUCUGGUACCAAUCGGAACACAGCUCCAACAGCCUCAGUUCCAAGUUCGAAUGGUUCAGUUCCCACAACAAACUGGCCCCGCCCAGAUUCAACAGACCAUUGUACAAUCACCAAGAGGUGCUACUACACCGGUUCAGUUUCACACUCAACAGGCUCAAGUCGUUCAAGGCCUACAACAGGUACGUCAACCGACAAUGGGACUGCUAAUGUCGAACGGUCGAUACCUUCAUUUUUCGGUGGGAUGAAUCAAAUAAGAGAACUCAUACUUCUCAACCCCCCGUGACUUCUCGAACCCUCGCUUUCUUGAACAGAACCUUUCAAUAUAUUGAACCUAAACUAACUUCACUUUUCUAGUCAAACACUUUCCUCCCCCUCCUCAACUCCGUUUUUCUAAUCUUCCGAUAAUUUGGACGAAUUUCCCUUUCUCUAUAUACGAGGUUCAAAAUGAACGGGAUUCCAUGAAAUCUGACUUAACCCUCAGACUUAAAGUAUUAGAUCAAGGAAGGUUAGCUUCACAACACCAAAACCUACCCAACCCAGCGAACUUUACUAGCUUUGGUAUGGAAAUACUAGUCUGUUCUCCAGACCGUAGCGAAAAAAUCCGCCGCGCUCGGCUAUCUCUAUAGAGAAAGUAGACGGUCUGUGACCAGACUCUUAAUAAAUUGUUAUAAUGACUUGCCAUAUAUAAUAAACCUUUUGUAACCUUUGACAACCCUUCUUUUGGUAUGCAUAGAGUAUUUUUUUGUCCUCUAAAAUACUAAGUUGGAAAGUUUUCCUUUUCCGCCAAAUUCCCGCACUAAAGGGGAUAAUUUUACUGAUAUGUAAUCUUUUUUUCCGGCACUCUUACAGAUUCAAGGCAAACCCUUAGGUACUGUUAAAGUAACUCAACAAACACAAGGAGCCUAAACAACAGCAAGAGCACAGGGAAGGUCACCUGCACAGAGAAGAAAAUCACAAAAUAAAUAAAGACUGAAUACUCAAUAAUAUAUUGAAAGUUUAAGUAAAACCCAGAUAUUAAGAUCGUCAUGUAAAGCUGCCGGACAAAUGAUUGUCCUCUGCGGUUAUUUAUUCAAAUACAAGUUCGUUUGAUUGUCCUCCAUUGAACAUGUUAUUGGGGGCCAGUCCCAUUUUCUGUUCUAAUUGGUCUUUACAACCGCAGCGAAAGUGAAUGUGUAACGAGGCUUUUGCCAUUGAAGCCGCAACUACAUGUUGCCUCAACUGAGAUUAAGACGAUUCGAAGCCUGCCGCAAUUCUAAAAGUUUCAAUACGUCUCUUUCAUGGACAUUUAUAAACUCAUUUAAUAUCUUCAUCUACAUCUACAUUUAAUAGUCAGCAGAAACUAUGUACUAGGGUUAUUGUGAAUUGCUCUAGACAUUUGAGCCUUUCUGUUCAUACACUGUUAUCUAAAAUGGUGAAAUAAUCUAUAAAAUAUGAAAUAUUAAAAUAUUUUAGCCGCGUCAGAUAUGGCAUAUUAUUGUUUUUGUUUGUUAGCAACCGGAUCUUCACCAACUGCCAUAGCCGCUCUAACAUCAACUGUGAAUCGCACUACAACAAACCUGCAGCCUCUGGUACCAAUCGGAACACAGCUCCAACAGCCUCAGUUCCAAGUUCGAAUGGUUCAGUUCCCACAACAAACUGGCCCCGCCCAGAUUCAACAGACCAUUGUACAAUCACCAAGAGGUGCUACUACACCGGUUCAGUUUCACACUCAACAGGCUCAAGUCGUUCAAGGCCUACAACAGGUACGUCAACCGACAAUGGGACUGCUAAUGUCGAACGGUCGAUACCUUCAUUUUUCGGUGGGAUGAAUCAAAUAAGAGAACUCAUACUUCUCAACCCCCCGUGACUUCUCGAACCCUCGCUUUCUUGAACAGAACCUUUCAAUAUAUUGAACCUAAACUAACUUCACUUUUCUAGUCAAACACUUUCCUCCCCCUCCUCAACUCCGUUUUUCUAAUCUUCCGAUAAUUUGGACGAAUUUCCCUUUCUCUAUAUACGAGGUUCAAAAUGAACGGGAUUCCAUGAAAUCUGACUUAACCCUCAGACUUAAAGUAUUAGAUCAAGGAAGGUUAGCUUCACAACACCAAAACCUACCCAACCCAGCGAACUUUACUAGCUUUGGUAUGGAAAUACUAGUCUGUUCUCCAGACCGUAGCGAAAAAAUCCGCCGCGCUCGGCUAUCUCUAUAGAGAAAGUAGACGGUCUGUGACCAGACUCUUAAUAAAUUGUUAUAAUGACUUGCCAUAUAUAAUAAACCUUUUGUAACCUUUGACAACCCUUCUUUUGGUAUGCAUAGAGUAUUUUUUUGUCCUCUAAAAUACUAAGUUGGAAAGUUUUCCUUUUCCGCCAAAUUCCCGCACUAAAGGGGAUAAUUUUACUGAUAUGUAAUCUUUUUUUCCGGCACUCUUACAGAUUCAAGGCAAACCCUUAGGUACUGUUAAAGUAACUCAACAAACACAAGGAGCCUAA